AUGGAAGAUGAAAUCGCAAAACUACGAGAACAGCUUCAGGAAGAGCAGCGCCGACGAGAGGAAGAACAACGCCGACGAGAGGAGGCUGAAGAACUCACGAAGGCGUCACAACCACAGACACUUCGAAAGUAUCUAGCAUCUUGUCACUCACUCAGCCUCGCCAUUCAGGUGGUGACCGACCGUACCUUGACUACGCAAGGUGAUACGACGAACCCGACCGGCCGAAUUUUCCCUCGACGAAUCGUUCCAUGGGAUGACUUCGCGGCGAGUCAAGAGGAGAUAUGGGAUCAACUCUCGAAUUCCCGCUCAUUCGCUUCGAGACCUGUGUUCCCAUCGCCACAUCAAUUGGACUACGUCAUGUCUCUGAUCAGCCCGAUCAGCAGCGAGACUGGUCUCCGGAACUUUCAGCGCGAUACUGUCGAGAACGCGGUUCAGAAGCUCGUCGGUGAGGCGUAUAGCAACACGCGACUCCGAAGUGAUAUCGGCUUACAAGGGACCGUGACUUUCGAGAGUCACACCAAUCUCGGACAGACAGACGAAGCCCUUUCUGAAGCUCUCGAUCAUAUGUCUAUCGAAAGGGAUGACCCCGAUGCCGCGGCAACAGCCUCGAGACUACCGAGCCGCAAGCCCCGACGCAGAGCUAGAGGCAAGGGCAACCGGGCAGAUCAGUUCUGCAUUUACCGCACCUCCGACGGCCGAAACAUCCCGGCCGUGGCGAUCGAGUACAAGGCACCGCAUAAGUUGCGACGCGACGAGGUCGUCACCGGUCUGGAGUCGGAGAUUAGACCGGAACGCGACGUAAUAAAUAAGGACGGCGAGGGGUUUGCGUUUGCAUCGAGAUCGCUCGUUGCCGCUGUUGUGACCCAGCUCUUCUCGUACAUGAUCGGCAAAGGCAUCCAGUAUGGAUAUGUGUGCACAGGAGAGGCAUUCGUCUUCCUACACAUUCCGAAUGAUCCUACCAUCGUAUACUAUUCUGUGCGUGUGCCGAACCUGGACGUUCUUGAUGAUGACGACGAGAACAGGCUCCAUGGCACAGCUGUUGCGCAGGUCUUUGCCUUUAUUCUUCAGGCUCUGCGCGCCGAACCGCCUCCAAUGUCAUGGCACGAUACUGCCGCGGAUCUCGACACCUGGGCUGUAGAGUACGACGACGUGCUAAGAAACAUUCCCGAAACAGUACGUAAGGGCAAGGAAGCGCGCGCCUCUCCGUACAAGCCCCAACGCUGGCGAGGGUUCAAGCGCUCGCCGAUUGGGACACGGUCUCGGUGCAAGCGAUUCGACAGCAACGCGAAGCAGCGAGAAGAUAGCGGUGACGAUGAAGAAGGGAUUCCUCCUUCACCCACGCCGACAAGAUCGAUUCUCGGUGGCGAAAAGGUUCUCACGAAGUCGAGUGCGGGCUCGGCCGGUAGACAGAUACAGGAAAACCGCCAUUAUAGCCAAGGGAAGCAGAUGAACAUAAAGGAUCGUCAGUUCUGUACGCCGCAAUGUCUGCUCGGAUUAGCGAACGGCUGGCCCCCGGAUGAAUGCUGCCCAAAUUUCCAGGAUCACGGACAUCAGCACUUAAACCGACUGGAUUUCCUCCGACUCAUUCGUACUCAACUAGCCGAAGACCGUGGUUGUGAUUCUGACAUCAUACCACUUCACCUGUCCGGCUCCAUCGGCACACUCUUUAAGGUCAGGAUGUCCUCCCAUGGCUACACUCUUGUCGCCAAAGGCGUUGAGACACUCGACCUGGCCCGACUUCGCCGUGAGAACAAGAUGUACGAUAAACUCCGCUUGAUUCAGGGAAAAUAUGUUCCCGUUUGCUUGGGGCGGACUGAUUUAACCCUGCCGUUGUACUACGACAGUGGCGUAUACAAGCAUGUCUUGUUUCUCAGUUGGGCCGGAAAACCUCUGUUUGACUCUACCAAUCAAGCAACCAACGCAGAUAUUGACGCAGUUACCCGGGCGUAUAAGAACCUACAUCAAUUAGGUGUUCUUCAUGGCGACGCAAAAUUACGCAAUGUCUUACGCAAUGAAAGUAUAGCAGGUCAAAGUAUUGUGGUGGUGGACUUUGAGCGGGCGCAAUUCAGUCGCCGCUUACCUCUCGGUUUGCUCAGUUCGGACCGUCAAAACAAGAAGAGGAAGCGGGGGAUAUUGGGGAAAUCAACUGCAUCAGACAGCCAAGGGUGCGAAAGAUUUGCGAAAGAGCUAGACUCCGUGGUGUGUCACAUGUUGAGAUAUGUGGACGCCAGACAGCGGGAGAUAGCCGUCAAUGUGGCCAGGAAGGUGUAA